ACUUGCAAGCCGGUCCUGGGCAGUCCGUGAGUAGAAACAGGAGGAGGGGCUGAGGAAGGGUGCGGUCUGGGUUGCCACCCAGGCUAGCCGGGAGCUACGGCCGGCCGAGGCUGAUCUUUCACCUUCGCUGAGCUUCUGCCUGGGCUUCGCCUCCGCGGCCCCAAGGGUAAGUUUCCCAUGCCCGCCCCUCUACAACCACGGAACAUCAGGUUCCCGCGGAGUCCCAGGUCGUGAGCGCAGCUUGCUCCUGGGGCUGUUCCCUCCCCUCCCUUCCCCCAAGCCCUCUUCCCUUCUAUGGAAAUAGAAGAGACUUGACCUGGGGGGCACAAGGGCCGAGCUGAGUAAGUUAUCAAACUUAGGGUCUUGCAGCCCAAGCUCACAUCCAGGGGACUGCUCAUUCCUAAAUGUCUCGGAAACAUUUAAAAGAAGAAGGGUUAGAGGAAGGUCUCCUGCCCCUGCUCAGAGUUCUGUGCUGAGAACUUUUUUCCUAAGGCUCCCAUGAGAGAUCUUUCUCCCCUCCAAGUGUCUUUUAGCUUUACUUUGUAUAGGUAGGAGAAAGAUGUAUUGGACUUUGAGAGUUGGGGAACUUCGGUUUUCUCUUUUAAAAGACACCGUUUUCUUUGAUUGCAACAGAAUUCUAUUCACUAGACAUGAAUCACCUCCCCUGCUUCUUGAGUCAGCAGGUGAGGUAUCGAGGUAGAGGUAUGUGGUUUGUGAUUGCAAAUAGCCAUAUAUAGAAGUUCUGGGUCCUGUGCCAAUAGAAAGUUGAGCAGCCGGGGCAAAAUUCUUCCCCAGGAGGUGCGUUAAAGAGAAGAGGUUCCUGCCCCCGAGAGAACUUCAGUUUCUACUCCUCACCAACAUCAUAAAAAGCAGACUAAAAGGUUAUUCUAUGAAGAAUCAUUACUGGUUUUCCUGAAGGUGGAAGUUUCAAACUGCCUAGAAAGAUUGCUGUGAUCUCGGCUUGAGAGAAAGGUGGACUGUCAUGGCCUCUAUCUGGGUUGGACCUCGAGGAACCAUAAAAGAUUAUCCAGGCUUUAGCCCGUCGGUGGAUGCCGAAGCUAUCCGGAAAGCGAUCAGAGGACUUGGGACUGACGAGAAAACCCUCAUCAACAUUCUGACGGAGCGGUCGAACGCGCAGCGACAGCUGAUUGUCAAGCAGUACCAAGCAGCGUAUGAACAGGAGCUGAAAGAUGACUUGAAGGGUGAUCUCUCUGGCCACUUCGAGCACGUCAUGGUGGCUCUUGUUACUGCACCAGCCCUGUUUGAUGCGAAGCAACUGAAGAAAUCCAUGAAGGGAACUGGCACAGAUGAAGAUGCCCUGAUUGAAAUCCUAACAACCAGGUCAAGCAGGCAGAUGAAGGAAAUCUCGCAGGCCUAUUAUACAGUGUAUAAGAAGAGCCUCGGGGAUGACAUUAGCUCUGAGACGUCUGGAGACUUCCGGAAAGCUCUGCUGACUCUGGCAGAUGGUAGAAGAGAUGAAAGCCUCAAAGUGGAUGAACAUCUGGCCAAAAAGGAUGCUCAGAUCCUCUAUAAUGCUGGUGAGAACAAAUGGGGCACAGACGAAGACAAAUUCACCGAGGUCUUGUGUCUACGGAGCUUCCCGCAGCUGAAACUAACAUUUGAUGAGUACAGAAAUAUUAGCCAGAAGGACAUUGAGGACAGCAUUAAAGGAGAAUUAUCUGGACAUUUUGAAGACCUGCUGCUGGCCAUAGUUCAUUGUGCGAGGAACACUCCAGCGUUUUUGGCAGAAAGACUUCAUCAGGCUUUGAAGGGUGCUGGAACAGAUGAAUUCACUCUGAACAGAAUAAUGGUUUCCAGAUCAGAGAUUGAUCUUUUGGACAUCAGACAUGAGUUCAAGAAGCACUAUGGCUACUCUCUAUACUCGGCCAUCCAAUCAGAUACUUCUGGAGACUACAGAACCGUGCUCUUGAAGAUCUGUGGAGAAGAUGAUUGAAGAAGAUGGCUCCCAAUGGCUGCCUGCCCUGAUGGUGGACCGCCUCAAAAUCUCUGCACACUGCUUUCAUGCAGCACUCUAAAGUGCAAGCAAAUGCAAGACAGAACCUGUCUGCCUGAUAGGCAUUGGCAUCGUUCAGUGCAAUGGCAAAAAUGAACUUGAUUUUAUUUCAGACCAUCUCAUUCAUGAUAAGGGAAAUUCAAUCUAGAAUUAAAGACCUACUAAUGAUUUUCUGUUUGGCUUAGGAAGUUGGAAUCUGUGUAGUUCAAAACCAUUAAACAUAAAUCAGGAUACUAAAGAUGGCUGCCUUUCCUAAUUGUAAUUUGUGUAUUUGUUUUCAGUAUCUACUAAUACUGUAUGUUGCCUGGUGCCAACAAAUAUUUCAAAAUACAUUUGUUGUAAAUGC